AUGGCCAGCCACCUCCCGGACGCCGACGCCACGGGGUUCAAGCUCUUCGGCAAGGUCAUCCAGCCCCCCGACGCGCAUCACCGCGCCGCGGACGAGGGCGCCGCCCCUCCGCCGCCUCCGCCUCCGCCUCAGCCGACGACGGCGACGGACCUUCCUCCUCCUCCUCCCCCGCCUCCGUCCCCGCCGCAGCCGCCUCUGCCCCUGCAGCAGGCGCCCGGGGCCGCCGGGAGCACCGGCGGCGGCGAGCCGCUGCCGUGCCCGCGGUGCGGCAGCCGGGAGACCAAGUUCUGCUACUUCAACAACUACAACGUGCGGCAGCCACGCCACCUCUGCCGCGCCUGCCGCCGCUACUGGACGGCCGGCGGCGCGCUCCGCCGCGUGGCCUCCGCGUCCCCGGGCCGCCGCAGGCCGCGCCCGACCAACGUCCGAUCGGCCUCGGCCGCCACCGCCGCCGCCGCUGCCGCGUCGUCCGCCUCCGCAGCCGCCGAGGAGGAUUCUUUUGGUGGCCAAAAGGAUGCUGCCGGGCCGGCCUGCUGCGACCGCGAGAGUUCAGUUCAGUUUGGUAGGCAGUCAAAAAGUCAGGUGGCGGAUUCAGCCAUGAUGAUUUGUUGGAAUGUAGGGGAAGGAAAUCAAUCAUUCUCCAUCUGCCCUUUCUUAAUGGUUGGUUCACGUGUUCUUACCCUCCGCGGCGGAGUCAGUUAUUACGAGUGGUAUGUGCAGGUGACAUUGAAUGAAUUGGAUGAUGCAUCAUGUGAAAUCUGUGACAACAUUCAGCUUCCGUAG